AUGGAUACAGAAUCAAGAACAUCUGACAGGGACACAUCGCAGCUGUCCGAUCCGCCCAGCGAUCUCGAUAGCUCGGACAGAGACACCCCCGACACCCCGGCCCAGCAGACAGAAUGGCUUGCGACAACGCGAAAACGCCGGUCCACGGCCGGAAAUCGUAUGAAGUCAAUGCUUGCUAAUGAAGAGCCAGACUCAGACCUGGAACUUUUAUUCGCCGAAGACGAGAAUGACCAGGGCUUCUCCGACGUUGGCGAGGAUGGCUCCGACGUACACAUGGACUCCUCAUCUGACGACGAAGAUGACAACAACGCCAACGACGAUGGCUUGGAAGGCGAAAAGGAGCUAGAGCGCCAGGCAAAAGAAAAGCGCGCUGCCCAACGAAAACGAAGAGCACAAGAAGCAAUCCCGGCCAAGUUUAGAAAGAAGGUUCGCAUCGACCCUACCACCAGGGCAUCUGUCCCAGCUCCCGCGCCACGACCGAAAAAAAAGUCAGAACGAGCCUCAUGGCUGCCGUCGCCUGCGGAUCUGCCUACCCGUGCCUCAUCCCGACAGACAACUCGUAUAUCCAAAGAGCAGCUGCACCAGCAAAUGGCAGAACGUGAGGCGAGGAGACUCAAGCAGCUCGCACAAAUGGAAAAGAAGGCUGCUCGACUCGAGGCCCUGAAAAAACCUCCCAUGACGCAGGAGGAGAGACUAGCGGAAGCUGCGAUUGUAGAGAAGCGCAACAGCAAGAGUCUCAAUCGCUGGGAGGAGGCAGAGAAGCAGCGCGAGGAAGAGCGAAAGGCUAAACUGGCUGCUCUGAACCAGCGCACGCUCAAGGGGCCAGUCAUUACAUUCUGGAGCGGAAGAGGCCAAUGGGAUGAUGUCGAAUUGCGGUCGCUGCGUCCAUAUGUAACUGAGGUGGAAGAGAAGCCCAAAAAGAAGAGAGAAAGGGUGGACAAGACCGCAAAGGGAAAGGGAAAGGACAAGGAUGGUGGGAAGACUGACGAGAAGAAAGUCUCCAAAUCGACAGAUACAGGCAAUCUCCAAGGCGCUAUCAGAGCUGAAGAUCAAAAUUCAGAGACACCCAAGGCUGUCGGGAAUUCCACGAUAGACAAACCAGCAAUGAGCGACGACAGGAACAUGGAAAGCGGCAGCGCAAUAGCCAAAGAUAACAAGCCUUGCGUACCACCAAAGGCCGAUGCAGGUACAAUAGAGGCUGUGAAUCUGCCGACGCCUACAGAAGCAUCGCCGGCCCCAGCUGCGGACGAUGCAUCGGCAAGCAGGGAGGUAUCAGGCAAAGAGCCAAACAAUGAGCCUAUGGACGCAAAGCCCGAAAUCACAGACGAUGCAGCUUUAAAUGCACAGGAAAAAGUCAUUAUCGUUGGGGGAUCAACCAAAUCCUCGAGGGAAUCCCCUACAGCUUCAACACCUAUUCUCAAGGAAGAGACCGUCGCUUCGACAGAUUCAACUGUGCCACAACCUCCGGCUUCUGCUCCUGCUCCAACCCCCUCUUACUCUCCUGCCUCCAUUCAAAUUUCUACAGCGCCGUCAUCAAAUCGCCCAAGCGGACUGGCGGCGCCUCCGCCUCCUCCACUCGCAAGCUCCUUGGCUGCUACGGCUGGUCCAACGCGCCCUCCAGAAGCCAGGCCAUCGAGCGUGCUGGCCGCUCCAAUGCUCGUCCCGCCGCCAGGAAUCGACGUGAACGUACCCUCGCCAGUCCAUGCUGCAUCCAAAUCGAACGUGCUAGCACUCCCUAAUACAAUCCAGUCCACAUUCACACCGCCGUUCGUCCAGGCCGUGGAAUCAACGACGGUGGCAGGACCAUCCGCAUCUUCAGCAACCGCAACCGCAACAGCCAAGGAGGUUGAUGCAAAGCCAACAAUGCCGGCUGACUCAGACCUUCAACCUGCCCGAAAUCAAGCAGCGCAUAAAGGGAAGUCGGGAAGUCCAAUAGAGUCCGAGGCCCCAGACGUACCUGAGGUCCCUCGCGAUAUGAACGCAACAAGAAACGGCAUCAUCUACCAAAAUUUUGAUGGGAAUGCCAUACGUGAUAAGAAUAUUCAGACCCAGAUUCUGUUUGGCCGCAAAAUGACCAAACUCGCCAAGCCUACACCUGCACCAAUCUGUGUCAUCACAAAUAACCCAGCACGCUAUCGGGAUCCCAAAACCAAUCUCCCGUUCUACAACAUGUUCGCAUACAAAGAGAUCCAGCGGCUUAGCAACGGCGACUACCAAUGGAGUCGCAUCCUCGGUGCAUGGGUGGGAAACCCAAAGCACGCAGCACGUGGUGUCCCUGAACGCUUCCUCAAUCCUGGUAGUAGCGGGAAACUAAAGACCCCGGAAAGACACGAAGACUCUAAAAUCAAGCAACGGGAACGACCUGAGAAAAACAAGGAGGAGGGGCAAGAAAUACAUGUAGCUGCGGCUGGUAAUAAUGCUGCUAUGAAGACUGAGCAAAGUGGUGGCCCUGGGCAGACUGCACAAGAUAUACAUGUCGUAACGUAG